GGCUUAAUGCCAAAUCGUGAAACCAAGGAAAAGGUGUUUAUGUUGUUUUAUUUUUUUACUUUUUUGCUCUCUAAAUUAAAUUGAAAGCAGUUAUAAUGUAGUGGUUGUUCGUUGAACACAAAGAGAUUAUAGUUAGUUGUUAUACACAGAAUGUGUCCAAAAUCUAUGGUAAAAACAAAGUCCAAACAACUUCACCUUAAACAAGUCCUUAGUUCCUUCUUGUUGGCCUAUCUUUUCAUCUUAAACACCAACUCUUAAACUCUCUAACCAACCAUUUCCAAAACAAAGAACAAAACCAUUUAAGAAAAACUAACACACAAAAAGAAACACCAUCACCAACACAUCCUUUUUGUAUACUUUAUCUAUAUUGGUUUGAUUCAGGAUUCAUCUUUCACACCAAACCCUCUUUCUUAAGUCACACAUACCAGAAGAAUAUUGAAUUCCAAUAUGGAAGUUUCAUGCAAGAUUCUGAGAAGAUCAGUUCAUAGUUUUCUUCAAAACUAUCACUAUUUCACUUCAUCAAUAGCUUUUUUUGUUUUUCCUUUCUCAGCUUCAAUACUAAUCUCACAAGCUUUAGUUCCUUCUCCUUCAUCCCUUUUGCCUCAAAUUUAUAACCGUUUAAGGAUUCUCUUUGAUGCUGCAGGUUUUCCUUCCUCUUCAAUAUUGUUCAACAUUCUUAACCUCAAGGUUUCUCAAACAAUCACUUGUUCAAUCUUUUCUCUUCCUUUCACACUCACUUUCCUCCUCAUUGCAAAAGCUUCUAUAAUUCAAGCUCUUAAACUCAAUCACAAUAAACCAUCUUUGCCACCUUCAUUCGCUUCGAUAAUAGCCCUUUAUAAGCCACUUUUCCACACAUAUAUCUGCAACUGUUUCUUGAUUAUCUCAGCAAAUGCAACUGCUUUUUGUUUUCUGUUUUUGGCUUUCAGCUUUAUGGAAGGACUUGGUUACUCUUCUUCUAGAUUACUUAUUUUCAUGUCAGCAUUCGGGGCGGUUCUGUUUUCGGUGAUUCUUGCCAAUGCACUUGUGAUAUGUAAUAUGUCACUUGCCUUAUCUGGUAUGGAAGGACAUGGUGGAUACUCGGCGAUUCUGAAAGCUUGUAUCUUUGUAAGAGGAAAGACGUCGAUGGCUUUGUUCUUAGCACUUCCUGUUAAUGUGGCCUUGGCUGCCAUUGAGGCCUUGUUUCAAUUCAGAGUUGUAAGGGCCUAUCACGUUGGAAAGGCAAGGCCUUUUGUGGUUUUUGAGGGAAUUUUCAUUGCAUACUUGUACUCAAUAUUCAUCAUUCUUGACACAAUUGUUAGCUGCUUGUUCUAUAAAAGCUUUAAGACAAGAUCAUGGAUUAAUCACCAGGACGGACAUUUUCAAGACGAGAACGAUUAUGGUUACGUUGGCGGCAAGAAUUUCGAAGAACUACCAUAAGGAACAUGAAGUGGCCUUUUAUUAGUUUGGUCAAGUAUUUUUCUUCAUGAAAGAGAAGGGUAUAUAGCAGGUAUUUACCAAAUUUAUUCAUGUCGGUUGAAGGAAAUCGAGCAACUUUGAAAGCAUAAAGAGUUUCAAUUGAGCAACCUCAGCUUAUGUGCCAGGACAAAAAGAUAGAGAAUUUCAUAUACUGCAGCGUUUUAUAUAAAUGUCUUUCUGUUAUAUUCUUAACCUCUGUAUGUUGAUUUCAUAAGAUUUAAUUUGUAGAUUGGCAGUAUUUUAAAGUGAAUAAGACACAUGAUUUGUUAUUUGCC